AUGGAGACCGUGUCCUCGGAGACGGCGGAGGACUGGCGCCGCGCGCUCUCCCGCGUGGUGCCCGCCGUCGUCGUCCUCCACGCCACCGCGCCGCGCGCCUUCGACACCGGGGUCGCGGGAACCAGCCAUGCCACGGGCUUCGUCGUCGACAAGUCCCGCGGCAUCAUCCUCACCAACCGCCACGUCGUCGGGCCUGGGCCUGUGGUCGCGGAGGCGAUCUUUGUGAACAGGGAGGAGAUACCCGUGUACGCCAUCUACAGAGAUCCUGUUUCAAUCUUGCCGGGAACAUUGGCUCGAUUUGAUAGAGAAGCACCAAACUACCAAAAGGAUGGCUACAACGAUUUCAAUACAUUUUACAUACAGGCUGCAUCUGGUACUAAAGGUGGCUCUAGUGGUUCCCCUGUUGUUGAUUGCCAAGGAAGAGCUGUUGCACUGAAUGCAGGAAGCACCAGUUCCAGUGCUUCGGCCUUCUACCUUCCAUUAGACCGUGUAGUUAGAGCACUCAAUCUGAUACGUGGCUGUCGGGACCCAUUUGGCAGCAAGCCAGAAUCUGCGUAUAUUCCUCGUGGUACACUUCAGAUGACUUUUCAACACAAAGGUUUCGAAGAAACUCGACGUCUUGGACUCAGGAAUGAAACCGAGCAGGUGGUACGACUUGUUUCUCCAGCAGGUGAGACUGGAAUGCUGGUUGUUGAUUCUUUGAUCGUAACACAAUUUCUCACUAUGGAGUCCUUACUUGAUGAGAGCGUUGGCAGGGAGAUAAAUUUGCAGGUCGAAAGAGGUGGAACUCCUUUAACAGUAAAGCUGAAGGUAGGGGAUUUGCACUCCAUAACUCCAAAUCAUUUCCUGGAAGUUAGUGGUGCUGUCAUCCAUCCACUUUCAUACCAGCAGGUAAGCUACCCUGCUUUCAUUAUUCUUUUCUGAGCCGAAUAGCCUAUGCUCUCAGAGUCUCAGUGUCGUUCUCAAGGAAACCAUAUGUAUUUGUUUCUGUAGUAUUCUGCCUUGAAGAACAUUUUAAUGCAAAUAAAAUUUGGACAGUGCGUCAGUUUGUAACACUAU